UCAGCAAACCUGGACGCGGAGGAACUCAAGGUCCAAGUUUUCAAUCCCAGAGACUGGAAGUUCAUUUUGCUUUGUGGCUGGAAAGAAGUCAUACUCUGUCCUAUGACACGAGAGCAGUAUAUAUUAGCAACACAACAGAACAGCCUUCCAAGGACUGAGCAACCUCAGUUUUACCCAGUAGGGAUUUAUGGAUGGCGAAAGAGGUGCUUAUACUUCUUUGUCCUACUGCUGUUGGUUACCAUGAUUGUUAAUUUAGCAAUGACAAUAUGGAUUUUGAAGGUUAUGAAUUUCACAGUGGAUGGAAUGGGAAAUUUGAGAGUCACUAAAAAAGGAAUACGACUUGAAGGAAUAUCUGAAUUUCUACUUCCACUAUAUGUGAAAGAAAUCCAUUCCCGGAAGGAUAGCCCACUGGUCUUACAGUCUGACAGAAAUGUAACAGUGAAUGCAAGAAAUCACAUGGGACAGUUAACUGGACAACUGACAGUAGGAGCUGAUGCUGUGGAGGCUCAGUGUAAGAGAUUUGAAGUGAGAGCAAGUGAAGGUGGAAGAGUAUUGUUUUCUGCAGAUGAAGAUGAGAUUGUCAUUGGAGCUGACAGACUGAAAGUAACAGGCACAGAAGGGGCAGUGUUUGGGCACUCUGUGGAGACACCCCAUAUCAGAGCAGAACCUUCCCAAGACCUCAAACUUGAAUCUCCUACUAGAUCUUUGGUAAUGGAAGCACCCAGGGGAGUGCAAGUCAGUGCAGCUGCAGGAGACUUAAAGGCUACCUGUAGGAAAGAACUGCAUUUACAGUCCACAGAAGGGGAGAUAUUUUUAAAUGCAGAUACAAUCCGCCUGGGAAAUCUACCAGUGGGUUCCUCUUCGUCCUCCUCGUCCUCCUCUUCUUCCUUCUCCUCCUCCUCCUCCUCCUCACCCAGCUCUUCAGCUCCUCGCCAGACUAUCUAUGAGCUCUGCGUCUGUCCCAAUGGUAAACUUUACCUGUCUCCAGCAGGAGCAGGCUCCACAUGCCAAUCCAGUAGCAACAUCUGCUUGUGGAGCUAGAAUGACUCCAUUUUAUCCUCACACCAGAAUAGCCUUUUGUUACUAUCCCUCUGCUUCACAGUUCUGCUCGGUUUCCCUUGUGACAAGUUCAACGCUUCAAACGGCCUGCAGAGCAACUUCUUCCAGUGUAAGCAGGAAUACAGCGCUGCCUUCUCUUGUGGUGUGUGGUGCCACUCAACAUAGAGAUGGGAGUGAGAUACUCAGAAAUAAAUGUAUUCUUCAUCAGGAAACCUAGAACAUAAAAUCACCUUUUUUUUCCAAAAGGGACAAUAACACAGGUGCCUUUGCUACUUGAAGUGAAGCACAUAGUUUUAGAUUUUUGCAGGACCUGGAUAUGAACUGCACAUAAAUAUAUAUAUAUAUAUAUAGUACAUAAAUUUGCCCAGAAUCUGAUGGUGAGAUGAAUUGGUUUCCCCUGUAUGAUAAAUAACUUUACUGUCUAAAAGCACAAUUUUCCAUUCAUCUUUUUGGAUGUAAACUUUUAUCCCUGAAUUUUAAAAUUUUGAAGCAUUGUGUGAUGCUUGCUUUAUUACACAAAUUCAGUAAAUGGUUUUUAAUACAAAAAGAGACAGAAUCCCUCCCUGAGUUUGGUUUCUUUAAAUAUGUGUUGUUAUUCUUUGUCUACCAAGUCUAGGGUUUUAUACACUAGGUAAAUUUUGGAAGUGCUCAGCAAUAUUACCUUUCAAAGUUAAAAAGACAUAUGCUCUUGUUUGUCAGAUCUGAAUGACCUUAUAUAAUAUUUUCAUGGUUACUGUAUGUGAAGUGAUUGAUUUAAGUAUAACAUACAACUUCUGGAAAAGAAGAACAGGGUAAAGAAGGAAAUUCUGAUGAUAUGUUUGUUGAUCAGUGUAUUGCUCUUCACAAGGUACUUGUAAUUGGCAAAUAUAAAACCAAAAGAGAAAUCUUCAAAGGUUCAUCUUACCCAUUUUCUGGCUAUGUGUAACUGCUGCCAUUUGAACACAGUAAAAAUGUUGGUACUAAUGUAACAUGUGAUGCUGAGAAGCAGUGCACUAACAACUUGUAUGACAUUCACAUUUAUUAUUCUCUUUUGUUUAUCAUCUGCUGCUAAGAUUUCAAAGUAAUAGUAGUAUAUAUAAAACCACAUAUUAAAUAAUAUUCAGUGUUUAAAAGUAUGUUGAUAUUACAUUGACUUUAUCAGGUCUGUGUUUAAAUUAUGCAGCCACAUUUGCAUUCAGAUCUCACUACUGACUUUCUUUUUGACGAAUCUCAUGACAGAUUUCUUUCUUGUAUCAAUGUUCGUACUUGUUUGGCUUGGUUGGUAAUUGAAAUAUUAUGAAAAAUGCUUUGGUAUACUGCUGGUAAAUUUGUCACAACAGUGAUUAACAAGAGUAUCUUGAAACUUGCAGAACCCAGGAAUGUUAAACAGUAUAAAAAUACUUCCUAUUGUGGAAGAUGGCUUGAUUACGUGAGGUAAGUGAUCUUUUUAAUUCUAUGCUUUAAAUUACAUCACCUAGCUUGUAGUUUUAGAGGAUUCUGAAUGUAAGAUCAUAAAUGACAUGCCAGCUUUUGCAAAGUAAUUCUAAAGUCAAGGCAGACAGUGCAAGGUGGGUAUUUUAUGCAAUUUUUUUUCUUAGAGAAAAAAGUGAAAAUGAGCAAACUAAUACUAUGAUUGCCUUUGCAUUUUAUUACCACGUAAUUAGGUUGAUUUUGUUUUCACUUCAGAUGAAAUUCACUCCUAUGCAGAAGACCAGCAUAAGACGUGUCAAUGGCUUGACUGGUGCUUGCCUUACCUUUGGUCCUCUUCAGAGGAGUGAAUUUCACCCCAUAGUAAGAAUUCUGUAUUUACAGUCUUUACCAGCUAAAAGAUUAAGAUUUUUAAACUGAUUAUUUUCCCACUUCAAAAGAAUAUAGAUGAUUUGGUUUUUGGUUGGUUUUUUUUGAGAUAUCUAUUCUUGGAAAGAAAAUGUAUAAGAAAAUAUUGCAAAAAAUAUAUUAGAAUAUGAGGAUUUUUAGUAAGAGGGGCAAAAAGAGAUAUAAAUGGCAAAGAAGAUGACAAUGAAAGAUUGAAAAGUGUAGCCAUACAAUACACCCUUAAAACUGUAGGGAUAUAGAUGUCUUUUUCUUAUGAACACAAGUAAUAGAAUGGUAGUGUAAGAGUCAUGGAUAAAUAGUAUUUCAGGAGGAAAAGUUUAUAGAUAUGUAUGAGAGCACAUCUAUAUGUAUUCAUUGUCUGUGCACACCUACACAUACCUGUUGCUGAAAAGGUGAACAAACAUACUAUAGUGACUAAUCUAUUUGGUGAAUUAAAAUAUGGCUUCUUACAAAUUACAUAUAAAAUAGCCUAAAGCUUUUUUUUCCCCCUUAAAUAAACCCAUGAAAUGGCUUGCAGAUAGUUUAUCAUUAACUGUCUACUGAAAUAUUCUUAUUUAUUUGCUUUUUACCUUAUGUGAUUACUUACCUGUUAUGCGUAUAAAAAAGGUUUCUACCUGCUGGAUGGAAAGACCCAACCUUUAUAAAUUUUACACAACUUGGGUGGGAACAGACAGGUAUCAAAAAAAUCUUUUGUUACUAGAUUCAUUUUACCAGCAAGAACUGGAACAACUGGCCACUUAGUAUGAAGAAAACUCAGAGCAGACAUGUGGAUGGUGCAUUAGACUCCACAAAACGAAGCCAGUAAGUCCACAUAGCUCUUCACUGUCAGGAUAUUCUUUAUUGAAAUCCCUUCAGUCUGAAAUAAAGAGUAUUUAAGGGGCUUCACCAACCUAUGAGAUAGUAUAGCAAUGUCUUAAUAUUCUGGUGAAUUUCAUAAUAUCCAUGUUUUACUUUAAAUCCAUCAAAAACUGUAAGAAGGGAAAAAAAUCAGUUUUUAUUUUGAAAAGUAUUUCUAGCCCACAUGAUUUCAGGGAUUUCAAUGAAUUCACAGAACUAAAAGUUUAGAACGCCAUCCUUAUGACUGCAAUGAAAUAUAUGAAAAGCCCUUAUUGGCUACAUUAAUUUAAUAUAUAUCAUAGAUUAAUCUCCUGUAAAAAAAAUCUGUGUCAUGAUAUUAUAGGAUACUGUCUCUUUCUUGUUUAAAAAAAAAAAAAAAAAAAAAAAAUAAAAGCAUCAGCCAACCUCUCUGAGCACUGUUAUGGUUUUGUAUUGCAGUUCAUUCAUCGUCUAAGUGUUAAGACCAAAGACUGACACUUCUAUUAAAUCUAACACUAUGACACUGCUGUUUCUACUAAUUCUGUUGGAAUGAAGAGAUGAGAAGUUGUAAUUACAACAUGAAAUUGUAAAAUAGUUUAGAUUUGUGCAGCAUUUUGAGCUGUAGACUGUCACUUUUUUCUAGGGUUUAAAUUUUUUGUCAGUGUGUUGCAGUUACCUUACUGUUCAUUCAUAGGGGUAUCUUUUGGUGAAAACAAAGGAGUAUGUAUUCCAAAACUUGCCAAGACAUUUUUUUUCUUUCAACUGGUUAUACUGGUUUGCUUGCAAAACAGUGGUUUGUCUGGAUAACAGAACUCACUUUAAAUCAUUUUAGAUGCAGAGGGCUAUUAAGUCUGGAUUGAAGAUACAGCCAUAAAUGUUUAGAAGGAUUUAAUGAAGGAUGUUUAAGAUAAUUUGUUGCUAACAUAAUGUAUUUUUUAGGGUUUUGCUUUGUUUUUAGAUUCUAAAUAAUUGCUAAAUAAAAAAAAAUCAAAACCCCACAAACUAGACUGGAAUUGUUAUCAACUGAUUAAUGUAAUGUACAUGAAAGUCGGAUCAAAGUUUGAGUGUCAUAUUGUUUCUAUCAGUACUCAGUAAAGGUAUACUAACCAUUUUUAUUUUGUAACCUUCAUGUUAAUGAUUUUCUUGUGUA